AUGAUUAUCUUAACAUUAUUAGCUGUUUCGGUCUCCAUCAUAUCAUAUAUUUACUAUACGCUUGUUUAUAAGUAUCAACAGUUUUAUGAUCACUUUAAACGACAAGGUUUGCCCUGUUAUCGACCGUUUGUAUCUCCUGGCUGGUCAUUCCUGCAAUUUUGGAUUACAUGGAAAAAAUCUCAUCCAUGGGAAAAAGAAAUCCUAGCUGAUCGAGAUAGUUUUGGUUCAAUAUAUGUGUUACCGAAUGGCUCGUUAAUGGUAAAUGAACCCGAGUAUCUAUCGGACAUAUUAAAAAAGCAGGGGACAUAUUACGUUAAAUUUAAUUCAUUACAUAUGCAGAUGGAACCAAUUCUUGGCAUGGAAGGUAUAGUACUGAUUGAGGGUAAACCGCAUAUAAACGCACGUAAAUGUUUUAAUCCAGUAUUUCAUUCGGUCAAAAUUAAGGCAAUGUUAGAAGCAAUAAGCGAUAUAACUGAAAAGACAAUCGAUGAAUGGGUAUCUACAGAAUCGAGAAAACAGAUUCCUUUUCAUCAAGAAGUUAGCAUACUAAUAUUGAAAAGCGUGCUACGUAUAUUAUACGGCAUCGAUGAGGGAACAUUAGUAUCAGAAAUACAGGUAAUUGUCGAUACCUACGAAAAUAUGACGAAUCUUAUUUAUUAUCGAAAUUCAAAUUUGAUGUAUGUACAUCCUUUGCUAUCCAAGUUACCUAUAUGUCAAAAGUCUGCUCUAGAAAAAUAUAACAAAUAUCUAUUAGAAUUUGUUAAUAAAAUAAUACGUGAUCGGCAGGCAAAACGAAUUGACAGAGACGAUCUAUUGGGGGUGUUACUUUCGUCAGAAAAUGAGUUUACGGACAAGCAGAUACGUGAACAUGUAUUAAGUUUCAUAACAGGCGGUUACCAUACUUUAGCAACUGCGUUAUCUUGGACAAUGUUUGUAUUGAUGACAAAGCCGACUGUUUAUGAAGCUUGUAGGAAUGAAGUUGACACUGUUUUGAGUGGAAAGGAACCUAUAUAUGAUCAAUUAGACAAACUCGAAAUUCUUAAUGCUGUCUUUCAUGAAGUACUUCGUAUGUAUACUCCAGUUCCUCUGUUCGGCCGAGAGUGUAUUCAAGAACAUUUUAUUGGGCCUUAUGGUCGACAAAAAAUUCAUAUUCCACGAGGUGCAACAAUUGUAUGGAAUACAAAUGCUAUUCAUCACUCAACGAAGUUUUGGCGUGAUCCGGAAGAAUUUGAUUAUACGCGUUGGAUGAAAGAUGAAGAUGGAAACGCGCCAAAACUAGCUCACCCGUGCUGUUUUCUUCCAUUUUCAUUUGGCUCGCGAAACUGCAUUGGCCGUAGCCUUGCAAUACCAGAAGCGACUAUUAUUUUAGCCAUUAUUAUACAGCGAGUAAAUUUUGAAAUGGUCCCUGGACAAGAAAUCAUUCCUGUUAUUCAUUUAACUAUGAAACCAAAAUAUGACAUAUACAUGGACAUUUCUAAGAGAAGCAACUAA